AUGACCACUCCCCACACACAAACAAUCCCAACGCCCUGGUGCCCCAUCUCAGUAACCAUCGUGCAGCCCGACUCCCUCUCGGCGCCUCCUCACCCAACGACCGACCUGACCCUCCUCCUCCUACACGGCAACUCAUCCAGCUCUCUCGCCUUUUCCCACAUCCUCUCCCGCGCCCCGCCGCCAGGGAUAACCCGCGUCGUCGCCCUCGACUACCCAGGCCACGGCCGGUCGGGCAACGCAUCCGACGACCGCGUCUACACGCAGCCGGGGUACGCCGCCGUGGCCGCGCAUGCGCUGGCCGCCCUGCGCAUACGCGGCCGCGUCGCCGUGCUGGGCUGGAGCCUGGGCGGGCACGUCGCCAUCGAGCUGAUCGCGCUGCUGGCGCCGGCGAGCCUGGCCGACCGCGCCGCCGCUCUGGGCACGGGCCCGCUGCCCGGGACCUGCAUCACGCUGCCGCCCGAGUCCGGCGGGGAGAAGGCCGUCGCCAUGGCCGGCGUCAUGCUGGUGGGCACGCCGCCGCUGGGCAACGCCGCGCAGUUCAAGGCGGGCUUCUCCCCGGGCGCGGGCGAGUGCGCAUCUGCGCGGGACAGUCGCAGGGGGGACGCGGGGAGGGGGGGUCGAGAGACGGGGCUUCGCGAGAUGUCCUUCUUCGCGCUGGCGGCCGAGGAGCUGACGGACGACAUGGUGGAGUCACUGACGGUGGCGGGCCACGGGCCUCCGAGGGAGCAGUGGAUGGCAGACGGGGCACGGCGGACCGACGGACGUGCGAGGCGCGUCAUGGCGGAGAAUGCCCUUGCGGGGGAGCUGUCGGACCAGGUCGGCAUCGUCGGGGCAAGCGACGUGCUGUGUGCCGUCGUCAACGGGGCCGAGGAGCAGUUUGUCAACCUGGACUAUGUGAAUGGCGUCCGCUUCAGGAAUCUGUGGCGGGGCAAGUGUCACAGGAUCCCUGGUUUGGGCCAUGCUCCUUUCUGGGAAGCCCCCGAUUUGUUUUGGGACCAGUAUUUGACGCCUUUUCUUGCGGAUUGUAACGCAGCGCAGGCAUAUUCACUUUAA